AUGUCAUCUGAAACGACAAAUGAGCGUUCACUCUGUGACUUGCAGACUCAGGAUCCAAGACUUGUCGAGUUGGCGCGGCUCAAUGAGCGUAUAGAAUCGGGACGACGCGAAUUGCAUCAUAUGCAUGAUUCUAUCUCGCGACUGGACAUCACCGAGCCUUCGCUUAUCGACAUACAACAGCGUCUAGACGAGCACGCGCUGAAUCUUGAUGCGAUAAAAUCGGCGUUUGAAGAGCUUUCAACGGUAGACGACGUAGAAGAAUCAUGCCAGUUUGGAAGCCCCGGCGAAAGACCUGUGAGGGAUGAUCACUCACAUCUGUUGUCUAUAAAGCAGGAACUUUCUACGUCGCGGGAGACACGGGCGAACCUUCAACCUCGUAUCACGGCGUCGUUGAAGCACCUAGACGAGUUGUAUGGACAGCACCGAAUAUUGGCAAUAUCUAUUCCUCGCUAUCACAAAAGACGAGUCACAAGUCAACAAGUGCCAGAGGACAUAUGGCGAAUCAUCUUUCCGUUGAAGCGAACAGACCUCCGCCCAUACCUAUUGCCUCAUCUCACUACGCUCAUGGUUCUCUCCGGUCCUUCGGACGUAUUUGAAGCAGAGAUUGGACUCAUGCAGGCCAUCCUAGCGUCUGGAUUGGAGACGCUAACCCUCAUUGCGCCCAGCGACGCUAUGGAGAUGCCAAGAGACGAAGAAAUCUGGCUAGAGUCUCUUUCUCAUCUCAUUUCUCCAUGCACCAAGCUGAUUCUGACCGGUUGGCCAGAGACCGAGGCGAAAUCGGAGAAAAUAGCAGAUUCGUCGAGUAGGACGUGCUUGGCACUUGCCCAGAAUCAUACCAAGGGGUUAGAUGCCACCUUUAGGUGCACGCACGUCGAGGGUCUGGAGCUGGUCAAGGUCAUUUGCAAAGAUGUCGCCGACGAACCACUCAAGCCGACUGUGAUGCACCCGGUGCGGCCUGGCCAGCUAGCGAGAUAUUGUACCUAUGCUGGGUAUAUGAACGUGUUCGAGCGAUGCGCCGCCUUGGUGAGAAUGCGAGACGAAGCAGUGCGACCACCGCCUCCCUCAACCUUGGACUCACCCAUCUCCUUCAUGUCUGGAGAUAUCACUCGUUCUAAUCUCCUCCCGUCGUCCAAGGAGGCUGAACUUCUCCACAACCUGCGUGCACAAAAGUCGACUGAGCUGGCUCUCAUUGACGAGAAGAUGUCGCGUGAUCAACAAACCGUCGCAAGUGCCGAUGCAGCCAUCGGUAAACUCGAAAAGUCGUUGACCAAAGCGCGUGAGAUGCUGCGUGUAUACGAGGAACACGCCAGUCAAAUCAAGGGAACACUUCGCACACUCUCCUUCAGCUCGACGCGUACAAACGUACAAUCCGACGCACCGGAACCGUGUAAAGAACUCUCGCUGCUCCUUGGUCAGGAAAUCCCAGAGCGCGAGAAGAAACUCCGGACGGAGAUACAGGAGAUUGCGGUGUUCUGCGACCGACUAAAGAUCACUAUUACCAAUCUCGCAGAGGAGCUGCGUUGUCAGAACCACACGCGGGCGGUGGCCCUCGAGACCAUUGCUGCCAGGAAAAACCACCGUGGCGAGAUCCAGGCUUUGGUCGAAAACAUCCAAAGCUGUUUCCGCCCAAUCAAAAAGAUCCCAUCAGAGGUCUGGGCAGAAGUUUUUCGUCUGCGCGUAGAGGACGAUGACCAAUUAUUCCUCGCAUCUGGCUCUGAGGACCGUCGUUCGACCGCGUUCACACUUUCUCAUGUGUGUCAACCAUGGAGGAAGGUCGUCCACGACACUCCAGAACUCUGGAGAGUGGCGCACUGGAGGGCUGGGAAAGACGGAAAUGUCAAGGCAGACAUGAUUACCUACAUGCGAGAAAAAGCGCAAGAUCAGCCAUUUACCGUCGUCGCGGAUCAAUGCCAACUUUAUCCGACAUCGCUUCCGUCGACGCAAGACGUCUUGAUGAUGAGCCACGCACUCCAAGAGUACACCCUUCACUUGUUCGCAAACGACAAGGACGAAAAGCUUGCACCCCCUUCAUAUCAGCCCAUAUUCUUCUCCCCCUUUGCCCUGGUCGUUCAGGUUCCCGGCCAGGAACCACUUCGCUCGACAUUCGUCUACCGCAACCUCGUCAACUCGUACGCCAAUUUGAAACCGCCACCGACGCGCGGCCCUACAACCUUUCAACUCAUGGUCGAGAGUCUGGAAGAGCUCCAUCUCUCGCACGUCAUACCAUUGAAUCUUCCGUUCAUAGGUCAUGCUAUUACACUUCCCAACUUGCGGAAACUGGGCAUCACCCCACACGACCACGAGCUCCUUAAACAGCUCCGUCUUCCCGCACUCACUCAUCUUUGCAUCACUUAUCCGCACCAUGGUGACGGCGUCGAGACUAGUCCAUGGCUCGAAACGCUGAUCAGUGCCAAUUUUACAACCGGCCUUACGCAUCUCGUCCUAGACUGGUCCUACGCACCGCUCACAAUCACGCCCUCUACAGAACCGAAUACACCGUCGUCGAUAACGGCGGCGACGACAGACAUGCUCACGGUGCUUAGGGAGAUUCAGCCGCACGCGAUGCACCUCGAACAGAUUCUGUUCGUCAACGGUGUCGUCUCAGGCGCCGAGCUGAGCCGGUUCCUUGACCAAGUGCUCGAAGAAUCGGCGAUCAUCUAUAAAAAGGUCACGCUCGACGGAUGUAUAGGCUUUACGCGUGCGGGAUGCGAGAGACUCUCGCAGCAGGUAGAGAAGCUCAGGGUGGUAGACAAUGGUCUGUAA